AGUUGAAGCCAAGAGGCUCCCGGAUCGGGCCGGGCAGCGUGUUUGGAGCUGACUCACAGUGACCCUGCCUGGGCAGAGCCUCCAAAAAUGCCGGCAGCCUUCCUACCAGCGCAGUCCCUUCGCCUCUUUGAGCUGCUGGGGUUUAAUAAGAAUAUGAGGGGGUUUUGCUAGACAUCAAAGAUACUAAAAUGACGGCUCGCCUCAUGCUCGCCGUGGGAGGAGCGGUGCUGGGUUCCUUGCAAUUCGGCUACAACACCGGUGUCAUCAACGCCCCGCAGAAGGUGAUUGAGGACUUCUACAACCGUACCUGGCUGUACCGAUAUGAGGAGCCCAUCAGCCCUGCCACCCUCACCACGCUCUGGUCCCUCUCUGUUGCCAUCUUCUCCGUCGGAGGCAUGAUUGGAUCCUUUUCCGUGGGGCUCUUUGUCAAUCGCUUUGGACGCCGCAACUCCAUGCUGAUGUCCAAUAUUCUCGCCUUUGUGUCCGCCGUCCUCAUGGGCUUCUCCAAGAUGGCUUUCUCCUUCGAGAUGCUCAUCCUCGGCCGCUUCAUCAUUGGCCUCUACUCUGGCCUCACCACCGGUUUUGUGCCCAUGUAUGUGGGCGAGGUGUCACCCACUGCCCUGCGGGGCGCGCUGGGGACCUUCCACCAGCUUGGCAUCGUCUUGGGCAUCCUCAUCGCCCAAGUGUUUGGUUUGGACUUGAUCAUGGGAAAUGACUCACUCUGGCCACUGCUCCUGGGGUUCAUCUUUGUCCCAGCCCUGCUGCAGUGCAUCAUCCUGCCCUUUGCCCCUGAGAGCCCCCGCUUCCUCCUCAUCAACCGCAAUGAGGAGAAUAAAGCCAAGAGUGUCCUCAAGAAGCUGCGGGGCACGACGGACGUCAGCAGUGACCUCCAGGAGAUGAAGGAGGAGAGCCGGCAAAUGAUGAGGGAGAAGAAGGUCACCAUAAUGGAGCUCUUCCGUUCCCCCAUGUAUCGCCAGCCCAUCCUCAUCGCCAUCGUCCUGCAGCUGUCCCAACAGCUCUCGGGGAUCAACGCGGUCUUCUACUACUCCACCAGCAUCUUCGAGAAGGCGGGUGUGGAGCAGCCUGUCUACGCCACCAUUGGCUCUGGCGUGGUGAACACGGCUUUCACGGUUGUUUCGCUCUUUGUGGUGGAACGAGCUGGACGCAGGACCCUCCACCUCAUCGGCCUGGCGGGGAUGGCGGGGUGCGCGGUGCUCAUGACCAUUGCCCUGACGCUGCUGGACCAAAUGCCCUGGAUGUCCUACCUCAGCAUCGUGGCCAUCUUCGGGUUCGUGGCCUUCUUUGAGAUCGGCCCAGGCCCCAUCCCCUGGUUUAUUGUGGCAGAACUUUUCAGCCAAGGCCCUCGCCCUGCUGCCUUUGCUGUUGCCGGGCUGUCCAACUGGACCUCGAACUUCAUCGUGGGCAUGGGCUUCCAGUAUGUCGAGCAACUCUGUGGCUCCUACGUCUUCAUCAUCUUCACGGUGCUGCUAGUCCUCUUCUUCAUCUUCACCUACUUCAAGGUGCCGGAGACGAAGGGUCGGACCUUUGACGAAAUCGCCUCGGGUUUCCGUCAGGGGGGAGCGAGCCAGAGUGACAAAACCCCAGAUGAGUUUCACAGCUUGGGCGCCGACUCCCAGGUGUAACCCACCCGUGGCACCGCCCGCUCCUCCCGCCCGCCCGAGGUCCUUGGGGGUUGUUUUUUUA